AAAAGGAAGGAAGGAGACAAGGGGACCUAGUUUCCAUGUAGCUCCACACAGCAACUGUUUUAUAUGUACCUCGCGAAUCCUCAUGGAAUGGCACUGCAACUUCCACACCUUCUUCCUCAAACCCAACAGCCAACAAACCCUACUCUCCAUCUCUCUCCCUCUCUCCCUGUGCAAUGGCUUCUGCCUGUGUCAACAACAUCGCCAUGUCGCCGGAUAACUUUCUCGAUUCCCCUCCCCGCCCCUCCUUCCCUUGGCUAAGCCCUCCCAAAUCUCACCCACCCCAUUUCCCAGAUCCCCGUCCUUCCCCUUCAGAUUUCGAGUUCUCUCUUCAAGAUCCAGUCGCCAUGCUUCCCGCCGACCAGCUCUUCUCCAAUGGCAAGCUCGUCCCUCUUCAUCUCGCCUCCCUUCCCCCUUCUUCCACCGCCAAGUUCCCUUCCCCGGACGCCGCCUCCUCCGCCCAUGUCUCCGCCGCCGACCCUUCCUUCUUCUCCCCCAAGGCUCCCAGGUGUUCCAGUCGCUGGAAAGACCUUCUUGGCCUCAAGAAGUUGUGUCACGCUCACACCACUUGUGCAGCCGCCAAGAGCGACCCCCAGAAAACGACGUCGUCUUCUCUAGCCAACAUAUCUCUCAAGCACUUUCUCCACAGGACCCCCAAAUCUUCGUCCUCUUCCUCCUCUGCUUUUCUCUCCUCGUCCUUAGACGCAUCCUUGAGUCUCCCGUUGCUGAAGGAGUCGGACUGCGAAUCCGUUUCGAUCUCUUCUCGUCACUCUCUCUCGUCUUCUUCUUCCGGCCACGAAUACGAAGAUCUCCCCAGGCUCUCCCUAGAUUCGGACAAGCUCAACCCGAACCCGAUCUCCCUCCAUCGCAACCCGAACUCGGGUCGUCCGAGAAUGAGGAUGGUGAAGCCGAGGGCAGGGUCGUUCGACGGUAAUAAUCAGAGAUCGCAAGGGGAUCAUCCAUCCGGCAGUCGGGUCGGGAGGAGUCCGGUCAGGCGAGCUCCGGGGGAAUCCGGUGGGGUUGGAAGCAGAGGAGUGUCAGUGGACAGCCCCAGAAUGAACUCUUCAGGGAAGAUAGUGUUCCAGAGCUUGGAAAGGAGCUCGAGCAGCCCCAGUACCUUGAAUGGCGGACCGAGGUACAGGCAAAAAGGAAUGGAACGGUCGUACUCGGCCAAUGUGAGGGUCACUCCGGUUCUGAACGUUCCGGUUUGUUCGCUGAGGGGUUCUUCGAAAUCGGGCUCGGUUUUUGGGUUCGGCCAACUGUUCUCUUCUCCACAGAAGAAAGAAGGCAGCAGAGGCCACCAACAACAGAGCCACGGUAGGAAUCGGUGCGAUCGAAACUAAGAAGCAAAGGUCUCUGGGUGCUUUUAAUCUCUUGAGUGAAAAUAUUGCUGGAUUUUACUGAUUGGGAUUAAUUUGCUCUUGUUUAAUUGGCAACAAACAAUUUUAGAUAUUGACAUAUUGUAUAUACUCCUAUGCCGGUGGAAUUUUUCUGUUCUUCA